UGUCUGUUCUUAAGAUGGCUAUAUGCAUUCAAUCAAUCUCAGUGAUAGAUACAUUAAAAAUACACGUGUUUUCGUUUCUUUUUGGUGUGUGGGUGAUUGUAAAGAGAUUCUCUAUGAGAAUUUGGGAUCCCAAGAGACUUCAUAACUUACAGAUACGUGAUACGCCACCUUCUUGUCUUUUAGACUCCUCAUUAGGGCAACACAAUUAUGUUAAAUUAAAGGGUGUCAAAUUCCACUAUGUAGAAGCUGGUACCAACACACAACCUUUAGUACUUCUUCUUCACGGUUUCCCAGACUUUUGGCUCGGUUGGAGAUAUCAAAUUCCCAUUCUCAAGGAACAUUUCAGAGUUGUAUCUUUAGAUUUCAAAGGAUUUGGCGAUUCAGACAAACCAUUAUGGAGAAAACAUUAUAAAAUCUUUAAAAUUUUAGAAGAAAUCAAAGAUUUUAUUCGUAGUUUAGGUGUUACAGAUUGUAUUAUAAUAGGUCAUGAUCUUGGAGCGUUAGUAGGUUGGUACUUUAUCUACCAAUAUCCUAAUUUAGUGAAGAAAUUUUUUGUUAUAUCGUGUCCACAUCCUAAUAUUUAUUGGGGAAGUUUGAAGAAUACCAGUAAUACUUACCAAUGGUUGAAUUUUGUCCAAGUGCCCUACUUACCAGAAAUAGAUGCACUCAAAGAAAAUGUUAAAAUUAUUAAUCAAUAUCAUAGUCAUCUAAGUGCAAAUGAUGUUUAUCUAGAGGCUUAUAAAUAUUCAUUUUCAAGGAAAGAAGAUUGGACAGGACCCAUAAAUUACUAUAGAGACUUACGGUUUCGUAAAAUUAAAAAUGAAUCGAAAAACAUAACUUCCACAGUUAUUCUUGUAAUUGGAGACAAAGAUGAAAUGAUAUCACUAGAAAGUAUAGUAAAAUCUUCUGAAUACUGCGAAAAAUUUCAUAUAAAAAUUAUAGAAAACGCUGGACAUUUUCCACAUCAGGAAAACCCCAGAAACUUCAAUGGAAUUUUGUUAAAAUACAUGUUUCAAAAACGUGAAAUUAGUCGAAAAGCUGAAAGGUCUGGAAAGAGACUUAUGAAACGUAUUUUAGGUGCUGUGAAUAAUACAGUUAAAAUAGGCAAUACUGUAUUUGAUAAUAUACAAAAAAAGACUACAGAUGUCGUUAGUAAUUUACCUACUAGAUUAUCAUUAAAUUACAUGCAAUCCAACAUUGUAGAAUAAGUAUCUUGAUGUAGAAUCAAUAACAGAGUUUUUGUUUGAAGUAGUUCAAUUGAAAUAAUGAUAAUUAUUUACAAUUGGGUACCAGAUAAGUAAUUAAGUGGAAAAUUCAAGAAAUUUUGUAUAACAGGAAACAUUUUACUCAUAUUUCUCAGUAUCUCAAUGUAAAUCUUGGUACAGUAACUGGCUACUGCUUGAGGAUGAAGUGGUGUAAGCUAAAACACACAUUUGGCAUGAAUAAGUCUCCAUUUUAGCUGAAAUGAGACGCGUUUUCAAGAAUUCGUUAAAAAAAAUUUUUCCCGGACUUCUUAAGGGUUUCAAAUACCAUACAUAUUUACUGCAAAUAUUGGGGUAUAAUUAAACUUGAUUUAUACGCAAAAAACAUUUGAUUUUCUAAAUUUGUAUCUGAUAUAAUUAUAUUAUCUUCUGUAAAUCUGGCUCAUAACAAAUUACAAGACUGAAAUUUUAUUGAGAUAUUUAAAAGGUAAUUGUCAAACUUAUAGUUUUCAAUUUAUUCUAUCUAUUGUAAUAAAUACCUCUUUUUAUGUUUAUUUUCUUAUUUAUUUUGAUAUAUUACGAGGUUUUUCUUACAGAAAACUUUUUAUUUACCAGUUUGCAUAUGAAAAUAACAAAUUACAAGACUGAAAUUUUAUUGAGAUAUUUAAAAGGUAAUUGUCAAACUUAUAGUUUUCAAUUUAUUCUAUCUAUUGUAAUAAAUACCUCUUUUUAUGUUUAUUUUCGUAUUUAUUUUGAUAUAUUACGAGGUUUUUCUUACAGAAAACUUUCUAUUUACCAGUUUGCAUAUGAAAAUAAAAAUCAUAAACUAAUUGUAAAAAUACAAUUAAAAACCCGCCAUUUUUUUAUCAUUGAUGCAACAUUCUGAUUUAAAGAAAAUAAUUUACGUUUAUACCAGAUACCUCACAGAUUGUAUUUAGAUGUUAUUUGUUCUAACGAAAUUGACGUCGACUGUGGUUUGAACUUUAACUACUAAUCGACUACGAUAUCCUUCAUAAAAUACUGGCAAUUUUAAUCAUGGAGCGUAAUUUGAAUUAUUUAAAGAUCAACUCAGAACUAAUCAUUUUUCAAAUUUAUGUUUUUGUUUAUAUUUCUCAAAAUGGAAUAUUUCCAAGAUUUAAAGCUCUGAAUUUCAAUUACAAAAAUGAUUCAACCUUGGGCCAUCUGUGUGAAAUGUCUAGAAGAUAGAUAGUUUGAAAGUUAUUCAAAAUGCAAUAAAUGAAUCGUUUAAAAACCUUAAAAA